UCACCGGAGAAUCCUAAAGGGUAUCUUGUGAAGAACAGACCUAUGUGCACAUGGAAUUCCAAAAACCCCACCUCACUUUCGCAAUCUGGUUAUAACUGACUUUCCUUUUAAUUUUUUUUUUUUUUUUUUAAAAAAAGGCGUGUGUCCGGAUUCGAACCGGGGUUUGGAUUGUAGCACUGGGCGGGCACGAAGCUUCCUUCUCCGCUUUGGCUCGUGGUGCAUCAUUUAGAACACACCCCUUGAAGCGCCCAUGCUGCAAAACAGUUUACUCGGUUCCAAGUCAAUGUGACUAUGUCUUUACCGUCGAACCCUACCUCCCGAUCGGUUUUCCCCAAAGGCCCAAGCUUCACCCUCGAAGACUUCUCAAGUCGCGAUUACAUAGUCAAGGAGUUUAUUGAGGCUCUUUCCGACUCUGCAAUCUCGAACCGCCGCUCUACUCUUGGCCCUGCCAGUGGGAAUCAGGCCUUUGACCCCAAACCUCUCAUCCGGACCUUCGAACAUGCGCAGCGACGUUUGGGUGAGUUGUCCGGCGACUUGGAAAUCAAAGAAAACGAACUGUCUGCGGCUGUUCGUAGGGCCGAGGCACAGCACUCUCAAAACCUUAAUACCUUAGGGAAGAAAUUGAAGCAAGCCAUUGAAUCAUUUCAACAGCUGGACACGUCGCUUCAUGGCUCUGGGCUCCCCGGAGGAGAAUUGGCCGGUGCAACUGGAAAUAUGGCUGUAGAAACGGGGCGGAGGCUGGAAGAACUUGAUCGACAACGACGUCGAGCACUCGAUGCCCACUUUCUAUUGGAAUGCUGGGAUGGAGUGAGUAAUAAGGGAGAGAUUACUCUUCUCGAGAAUCUAAGACGAUCUGGAUCUGGGGAAGCAAAGGUGCGGUCUGCACAUAUUGCGCGACAGCUACUCAGGAUUAGCCAGCGGCUUGACCCGAACAGCUGGAAGGAACCAAACCAUAGAGGCAGUGAGCCGUACAAGAAUGGGCAUCCUACAUCAGCCGGUAUCACUUUGCAAGGGAAUAAUGAAUUCAGAUGGAAUACGCGCGAGAUCAUCGAAAAGUUUUCCGAGACUCUUGAAAAAGAUCUUUUAAGACAAUUCGACGACUUCUAUCGCAAAGCAAACUUCGAAGGGAUGAAGGAUUGUGCUACGGUGCUUCAAGAUUUCAAUGGCGGGGCAAGCGUCGUUGCGUUGUUUGUCAACCAACACCAAUUCUUCAUCGACCGAAGUCAACUGGUUACAGAAGAGGUUGGAGGGAAUGACGAGUCUUGGGAAAGGCUUGCGGACCCAGAUGCAGAACUUUCAGGGGUGGAACCGAGCCUUCAGUCGCUGAUUGACGAAGUCAGGGUUGUGGUUCAAGAGGAAUCAGCUAUCAUCAAGCGCGCCUUCCCCAACCAUGAGCAGGUACUCGGAAAAUUCCUUCAACGGGUGUUCCAACAAUCCAUUCAGCAGAGACUUGAGAUGGUUCUAGAGAAGGCAAUUAGUGUCUCAUCCCUAGCUUUCCUCCGAUCUUUACAGAGUUCUCGCAGCUCAAUUAGUGCACUGGUGGACGACUUGAAAGCACAUGGACUGACUGAGCAUCCAGAAACUAUAUCCUCGCAAACCUCGCUUAUCCUUGAUCAGCAAUUAGAGGAUUUGUUCGUGCCCUACUUCGUUGGCUCAUCGUACAUUGAGAGAGAAAAGAGAACACUGGAGGAGUUGUAUACAUCUUUACUCUUCAAAUUUACCACAUUUCAUGGCCGUAGAAAGAAAACCACAACAACUUUCAUGGCCUCUCUCGCAAAAUCCAGCAGCGAGCUUCUUGCAUCCGCGCGUGAAGCAUAUAUAAACCGCUUAGAGUCCUCUGAACUUUCUCCUACACAGAGACAGGUUCUUAUCCAGAUUGCAGGCUUGAAAGAGUCUAACGAUCCCACAAAGUCCAACGACAUCAAAUUCAGCGAGGAGGACGAGCAACCCAGCGUAUCCUUUGCCAAAAGGAUGCUCAAAUGGCUUGCGGAAGCUGUUGGUAGAGGACUUGAGCUGAGCAUGAAUAAUGAAACACCAAAAGAUAUGUUCACACUCUUGAAUCUUCUACUAUCUAUCAUGGGAGAGGGUUAUCUUGAAAUUUGCCUCGAUGCCGCUCUAGAAGCUGCAACAGCGCAAGAAUCAGGAAAGACCGAGCCAGAUUUCUCUUAUUUACCGGGCGUGCGUGAAUCGAUUAGCAUCGCGAAUUUAAUGGUAAUGUGUGUCAAUACGCUGCUUAUUCCUCUUGCAACAGGUAGCGUUACCACGCGUCGUGAGAUGGAAAAGAAGACCAACCUGGCAACUGCCCGUAUAGAAGAAAAAAUAAACACCAUAGAACAGAAAGUCAUCGAUACCGCACUCAUGUGGGCGAAUAAGAUACUGUCCAGUCAAAGGAAAAACGAUUUCCGACCCAAGGAGGGUGAUAGUACAGCUUGGUUAGAGAAAUUACAGACGCCGGUUCGUUGUUCCUCCUGUACCCUAGUGAGAGAAUGAUACUGACCAGGUAUAAGACUUGUUCAACACUUUGUGCUUUUCUAGCCCGU